ACUGUCACCCACAUGUUCUGAUUCAGUGCUGGCUGUGUGGCUUUUUACUUCUCAGAAUUAACAGCUCCGAUCCCUGAUGAGGUACCGCGUGAACUUCAGACCCAGGUAUGUCACUAAAUACAAGACAGUGACACAAUUGGCAUGGAGAUGCUGCCCCGGGUUUAGAGGGGGAGACUGCCAAGAAGGUCCCAGGAGUCCUGGGAAGACCCCCUAUCCUACGCCUGCUCAGCCUCGAAACAGCAUGAAGAAAGCUGCAGAUAAUGAACCAAAGCAAACCCCAGGGCCCAAGAGGACUUUGUCACCAGCUCAUGCAGCAGAACCUGGUGGGGCAGUAGAUCCGAAACAAGGACCUCAGGAACUUCAGGAGAAGAAAAUCCAGGCGCUUGAGGAGAAGGUCCUCCGCCUCACCAGGACGGUUCUUGACCUUCAGUCUUCUCUUGCUGGAGUCAACGAAAACCUCAAACACGCCGCCCAAGACGAUGCCAGUAAACCGCUGGCUCCGUGGCUCAGCACCUUGCAUCCACAGCCGGCACCGGAUGGUACCGUUGAUGGAGACCCAGAAACGGGUCAGCUUCCUGACAACGACAACAACAAGGAGUCUGGCGUGAAGGCCAUCCAGUCCGAAUUGGCCGAAGUCAAAGAUGUCCUGAAGACCAAGAGCGACAAGCUGGAAGAGCUGGAUGGGAAAGUGAAGGGCUAUGAAGGGCAGCUCAAACAGCUCCAAGAGGCUGCUCAAGGCCCGACAGUGACCAUGACGACCAACGAGCUCUACCAAGCCUAUGUGGACAGUAAGAUGGACGCCCUGAGGGAGGAGCUCAUGGAGGGCAUGGACAGAAAGCUGGCCGACUUGAAGAACACGUGUGAGUACAAGCUGGUUGGUCUCCAGCAGCAGUGUGAUGACUACGGGAGCAGCUACCUGGGUGUUCUAGAGCUUAUCGCCGAGAAGGAAACAAACUUGAGAAAAGAAAUAAAUGAACUCCGAGCUCAGCUACCGGACCCUUCAGUCCAGUCCAGUCGAGAAAAGAACGAGGACUUUGGUCAACAGAUCCAGACACUGAAUCAGAAAAUUGAGAGCGUUGCGGAAGCCACCAGAAUGCUGAACGGGCGACUGGACAACGAGUUUGAUCACCUAAUGGUGCCCGAACCAGAGGUGGACUUUGAUGCAAGAUGGACCGAGCUAGAUGCAAGGAUCAAUGUGACAGAGAAGAAUGCGGAAGAACAUUGCUUUUACAUUGAGGAAACCCUUCGGGGCACCAUUAAUGGAGAAGUAGAUGAGCUGAAACAACUUCUUGACCAGAAAAUACAGUCCCUGGAAGACCGGCUGGGUAGUGUCCUCCUGGACAUUGCCAAUACCACGGAUUCAGAAUUCACCCCCUUGGGCUCAGCCCUCCCAGGUGUGCUGGGCUCAGGGAAUGAACAGGUGAUGAUGGAGUUAGGGCGCUUGAAGGACAAAGUUCAAGUUGUUGAGGAUAUUUGCCUGCAGAGCUUCCAAGGGGAACCUCGCGGGAUAGAAGAUACUUUACCAGAGGGGGAAGGUGACCCAAGGGGUGACAAUUCCAGGCUCUUGAAAUCUUUCAAUGACACACUGCACAGGAAGUUCCAGGAAACCGAACGCAGCAUCCAGAAGCUGCAACAGGAUUUUCGUUUCCUUUUUUCUCAACUCAACCACACACAAGAUGAUGUGAAUCUUCUUCAGAGAGAGAUGAGCAGUUGUAGAGAAGGGAAACGCUCCGAAAGGGGUGGCUUCACGCAGGGGCCAGAGCCAAAGAGGACAGGUGAGAUUCUCCCGGCUCUACAGGACCCGACGGCGCCUUGCUGCAGCCACCUGGCCGAGAGGCUGCAGGGUCUGCAGCGCCAGGUCCUUGCCGGCCUGGAUGCUUGUAAAGAACACACUCGGGGGGUCCAGACGGACGUCUCCACGAUUGAGGGCCGGCUGUCUCAGGUGGAGAAAACGUGUAACAAGCUGGACUCGAUCUCGGGAAGUCUUCACAGGAUCAAGGAGGGGCUCAGCAGACACGUCAGUAGCCUGUGGAGCUGCGUGAGGCAGGUGAAUGGCACCCUCCGGGCACAUUCCAGAGACAUUUCUGGCCUGAAGCAUUCCGUCCAGCAGUUCUACAGCCACGUUUUCCAGAUUUCCACUGACCUGCAAGAUCUGGUCAAAUUCCAACCAUCUGCAACGGAGGAACCUUCUGAAGCCCCCCAGCCACCGCCCGGAGGAAGGAAGGGCCCACUGGCUCCCGAAAGGCUGCCUGAGGCGCCCACCGAGCCAGCUCACCCGAAGCUGACUCCUGCCUCGCCACCAAGGCCCAGCGCUCCGCCACCUCCUGAGGACCCAGGACAGCGCUCUGUGCUGCCCCAGCGGCCCCUGUCGCCAAGACCCUCCAAAGAGAUGCUGCCCCCGCCGGCAUGGCCGGGCAGGACAGGGCUGCCCCUGCUGCCCGGGGCCACGGGGGUCAUCAUGGAGACAGGCCAGGCUGGGCCUCCGGGCAGAAUGGGCAUGUCUGGCAGGGGCUUGCCCCAGGGGGUGGAUGGCCAAACGGGGCAGGCGGCCAUCCCCAGCUCCGAAGGCUACGCAGGGGCACCAGGAUACCCCAAGUCACCUCCAUUGGCCUCCCCAGGGUUUCCGGCACCUUCUGUGGUGUCUUUUUCGGCUGGCCUCACGCAGAAGCCCUUCCCCAGUGACAGCGGCGUCGUGCUCUUUAACAAAGUGCUGGUGAACGAUGGGGACGUCUAUAACCCCAGUACUGGGAUCUUCACGGCCCCCUACGAAGGGCGCUACCUGAUCACCGCCACCCUCACUCCCGAGAGAGACGCGUACGUGGAAGCUGUGCUGUCAGUGUCCAACGCCAGCGUGGCCCAGCUGCACACAGCAGGCUACAAGAGGGAGUUUCUGGAAUACCACCGGCCCCCGGGGGCACUCCACACGUGCGGGGGCCCGGGGGCCUUCCACCUCAUCGUGCACUUGAAGGCAGGUGAUGGGGUCAACAUCGUGGUGACUGGGGGCAGACUGGCCCAAACAGACUUUGACGAGAUGUACUCCACGUUCAGUGGGGUGUUCUUGUACCCCUUCCUUUCCCACCUCUAGAUGUGCUGGGGCAGAGAGCAGAUCGUUGUAAAAACUUGAAGUUUAAUAUAUUCAGUUUAUGUAUUUGGAGCACUGAUGUAGGGUUUCCCUGUCCAUCCCACCCCUCCCCUGCCGCAUGGGUCAGGCCACCACACUCCACUAUUUCGAGGCAGGCAGCCAGAGGCUAAUACGUGGCUGAAGCAGCCACCAACUUAGGCCACUCCACCUGACCAGCAGGGCGCCUCGGGAGUGCCCUUGCCUCUCAGUAGCCCCUGCUGUCCUGGGGUUUUCCCAGGGCCACCAGUAGGAGCCUGCCCGAGAGUCCUGGGCCUAGUUCUGUGCUUGGACUCGUGGGUGCUGGGUAAGACUCUGGUAGACCAGAGGCUGGCAUCCUGUUGGUGGAGCUGGGAGGAGGCUGGCGUGGUUCCCUGUGGCUGUGGGCUUCCCGGGGGCGCAGAGCCGCGGCUCCCUGUCUGUAUCUCACACUGCUCCGAGUGUCAACACUGAAGGGUGGGAGUGCUACUGCCCCCGCCCUGAGGCGGCAGCUCCAGGUAGGGUUGCUGUGUGUGUCACUGCUCACAUGGCCCUUCCUUCCCUGGUGGCAGGGGUGCACAGCCUGUUCCUGAUGCUUGUUGGGCUCCUUAAAUGACAUGUACAACAUGAAGUACAAAGACAGGGAGGAUCAAUAAAGAUGGAAAACCACUCCAA